AUGCCGACCUUCGGCUACCGACCGAGCGGCAGGGCACAGACCAGCUGCAGCCGGUGCCAGAAGAACCUCUCCCUCCAGAUGGCUGUCAAGGUCCUCUACGUCUUCUUCAUCCUCCUCAUCGUGGCCGUGACCGUGCUGGCCGCCCUGGUGUUCAAGAAAGUCGACUCCAUCUCCAACGACAUCAGCUCAGCCCAGAUCUAUUACGAGAGGAAGAUCGGAUCCAUCCAGGAGGAGCUCCAGGGGUUGGAUGAGAAGACCUCGGGGAACUGCUCCCUGUGCCACGAGACGGGACAGCUGGGGCAGGAGAUCACCAAGCUGCAGGGCGAGCUGGAGGAGAUCCAGAAGAUGCUUUUGGUUCAGGAAGUCCUGCUCGACCGCACCUCCCAGACCCACGACCUCCUCUCGUCCACCAGCAACACCAUCACCAACGAGGUGGACAACUGCGCCUUCUCCAUCCGGCGGGUCAACGAAAGCCUGGGGCAGUUCCUGGCCCAGGUUGGGGGCUGGCAAGCGGUCACCUCCCAACUGGACAACUCUCUCAAGGGCUUGGCCCAGGAGCGCUACGACGUCCGAGCAGCCAUGCAACAGAUGAACUUCACCCUGGGGCAAACCUCCGACUGGAUCCAGGUCAUCCAGAGGAAGACGGACGAGGAGACGCUGACGCUGCAGAAGAUGGUCACCGAGUGGCAGAACUACACCCGCCUCUUCGGCGGGCUGCGGGCCGCCUCCUCCAAGACGGGCGAGCUGGUGAAGAGCAUCCAAGGCAGCAUCGGCGCGGCGGCUCGGCAGGUCGGCCAGAAUUCGGAGAGCAUGCACGACCUGGUGCUGCAGGUGAUGGGGCUGCAGCUGCAGCUGGACAACAUCUCCUCCUUCCUGGAUGACCACGAGGAGAACAUGAACGACUUGCGCUACCACAACCGGUACACGCAGAACCGCACGGCCGAACGCUUCGAGACCCUGGAAGGUCGCAUGACCUCCCACGAGAUCGAGAUCGGCACCAUCUUCGCCAACAUCAACGCCACCGACAGCCACGUCCACAGCAUGCUGCGCUACCUGGAUGACGUCCGGCUCUCCUGCACCCUGGGCUUCCACACCCACGCCGAGGAGCUCUACUACCUGAACAGAUCCCUCAGCCUGGUCCAAGGCACCACGGACCUGCUGCGGGAGCGUUACAGCCUACUCAGCGCCCGGCUGGACUUUGACAUCCGCAACCUGUCCAUGGUCAUGGAGGAGAUGAAGGUGGUGGAUGUCCGGCACGGGGAGAUGCUGAAAAACAUCACCGUCUUACGAG